UUUCGUGCGUCCGUUUUGAUCGGUUGCCAGUUUGUGGACACUGAGCCUUUACUUGGUCAGGAUCUGGCUGUGCUGUCUGUCUCUGGCGGUUUAGAAAUAUUGUGCCUCGUCAUAAUCUCUGUUUAGGGACAGGUGACAUUUGAAUCUACUAAAGAAGAUGGCUCAUCGAAUUGAGGCUAUUAUGCAAAUGUGCUGUGAGGUAUUUGCUGAUGAGGAGAUCCAGGUCGCGGUGAAAGGUUCAGCGAUGGGAGGAGCAGUGGCUGGAGGAAUGGCUGUGGUCGGAGGGCUGCUCCUGGGUCCUGCUGGUAUUGCUGCAGGUGGUGCUCUUGGAGGCCUGAUGGGUGCCAUGAUGACCCAUGAACAGUUCAAACCUGUGCCUCUGAUCAUAAGUGAGCUCAGUCCUCCGCAGCAGGAGAGGCUUUAUAAACAUCUCAUGGUCGUCCUGGAAAGAGUUCGUUGGACAGAUGUGGCCCAGCUCAUCGCUCUGGUGUUGGCUAACCCCUCCGUGAAACAGCAGCUAAAAGAUGCUCUUGUCAAAUAUAUCAGCAAGGAGGUGUAGGCUGAGGUGCACUAUGUGCAGUAGUGUCUGUGGAAACCUCAGUCAGAGGUAACUUCUCUAAGGCCUUUGUUAAGAACUGUGAACUGUUUCUUCUGAAGCUGAAGAGACUCUUGAUUAAAGGCGCAGUCACUA